UUAUAGUCGACCGGUUAGAAAAUUAAUAUGAUACUGUAAUUUUUAAUGGCCAGUUUUACAUAAAAGAAAGUACGUCGACUGCGGAUUUGCGUCAAAAUUUUAAUUGGAAGCGCGUCUUCAGUUAUCGUUAAUUCGCGUCAAUAACAAUGAUGUUCUAUUCGAUGCCAGAUUCAUCGGAGUAAUUUUGUAAGCCAGCAGAUUUUUGAUCACUAUUUGUUUGAAUUUAUCAGAAUGAAGUUUGAACUCCUGGUUUUGCUGUUCUUCAUUUUAACUGUGGUCUUGUUGCCGCUAAUAAAAUCGGACCAAAUUACAGACAAGCUCGAAUCAUGGGUUACAAUCUCAUCCGCGGCUCUUGUGUCCGGCGGUGAAAAGGGAUCAACUGAACUUCAUUUGACUACUGACAAUACCGAAAUCGGAAACAUCGAUUUGGUUCUGACUCAAAGAGGGAACCUGCACAGUGCCCGUCUGAAAUCUUCAGUCACUAAGUGUCUAUAUCAGGGAUACAUUUCAAAGGGCAAACAAGCCAAAACCGACAGCCCAGUUCGAAUCAAGUUCUGCAGCAAGGAUGGUCAGAAAAUUCCAGAACUUUCUGGACUAAUUUUCCUGAAUGGAAAAGUUUUCACACUCUACACUAACAAUGAAAACGCGACAUGGAUUAUGUUCUCGAGUGAACAUUUUCGGAAAGAUCUGAAAAACGACAAAGUUUGUGGUGCGAAACAGCUAAAUAGUAACAAAAAGUUUCGGUCGAAAAUUGACCCGGUGAAUGCUGUUUCACUGGACCCCGCGAAAAAAAUGAAAAGUUCGGAGAAGCAGCUAAAUUCGAGGUACCGACGGAACACGCAAGAGAGAAGCUACGUGGAAAUCAUCCUGUUUCAUUCAUUCGACUACUACGAAGUGUUCGGACCCUCAGAACAGGAUCUUUUGGACAGAGAUAUUGAAAUCAUUCACUUUGCUGACUUUUACUAUGCUGAGAUGACUGACAUAAACCUCCACUUGUCUCUGGUAGAUGUUCACACCUUCUCCACCCCCGAGGCAGACCCGACAGCAGACAACACAACUGAAGACCCAGUGCUGGACUUGUUUUUGGACUACCACUUUGAAAACUUGCAGACUCUUCCCAACCACGACAAUGCCAUUCUCCUCAUCGCCAAGAACUUCUCCGAUAACUCAGGCACUGUCGGAUUGGCCUACUUGGACGUGCUCUGUGACUUAUAUGGAUCAGGUAGUUUUGUGAAGGACUAUGACAGAGUAGCGGCCAUGACAGCAGGUACACUGGCCCACGAACUGGGCCAUAACUUCGGACUCGUGCAUAACCCCACUGACGACACAGACCCCUGCUACUGCCCCCCUGAAGGGUACUGUGUCAUGGACGCCUACACUGCAGAUGCUCCCCCGCAAAUUUUCUCUGACUGUCAAAAGGAAUCCCUGAAAAACUAUUUGGAACAAGGUAACUCGAUGUGUCUGCACAAUGAGCCCUCGCAACAAAUAGAUGUCCCAUCCUUCUGUGGUGACUACAUAGUGAAUGGGGAGGGGGAGGAGUGUGAUUGUGGGGGAGUGGACACCUGUGAUGAUCCUUGCUGUCACCCCAACAACUGCACCCUUGUCACAGGAGCAUCCUGUUCCGCCAUGGAUCUCUGCUGCGACCCUGGAUCCUGUCAAGUGCGCAGUGCUGGCUUUGUCUGUCGAGCUGAGUGUAACGAGUGCGACAUAGCCGAACAGUGCGACGGAGCUAGUGCCGAGUGUCCGAAUGACGACUUCAAGAGAGCGGGCAUGGAUUGCACUGACGACGGAGCCGCGGGACAUUGCUAUGCGGGGAGUUGUCGAUCUGUGUACUCCCAAUGUCUUCAAAUUUACGGUUCUACUGGCUUGCGAACAGACUCUGGCGACCGAGACGAGUGUUGGGUGUACAACAGAGAUGGAGAUAACUGGGGAAACUGCGGGUCCAUUUACCAUGAAGACGUGACUCCUUGUACAGCUGCAAACGAGAGGUGUGGGAAACUGCAGUGUAUAUUUGACAUUGACGUUGAGCCAUUCUACUUGGAAAGUGUUCACACGUACACCAUCAGCCUGAGUUCUUUCGUCUGCCACUCUAUCGGCUGGUUGUUUCCCUCCAUGGACGUGGCUGAUGAUCUGGCCUAUGUGCGAAAUGGAAUAUGGUGUGAUGAAGACAGCUUCUGUCACAACAGAGAAUGUUUCCACAUAUCCCAGAUACCUGGACUCACAACGUGUCCCUUCAAUUGCUAUGGCCAUGGAAAUUGCAACUCGGAGACUAAUCAGUGUGAAUGCGACAAGGGAUACGACACGUUGAACUGCGAAACAAGCACUCUCACCACUACCCCUCCGACCACUGCUGCUCCUCCGACCACUGCUCCCCCUCCGACCACUGCUGCUCCUCCGACCACUGCUCCCCCUCCGACCACUGCUCCCCCUCCGACCACUGCUCCCCCUCCGAUCACUGCUGCUCCUCCGAAAACUGCUGCUCCUCCCCCUCCAGCAGAUGAUGACGAUGACAACAACAACAACAACGACGACGACGAUGAAAAAGGAGACUCGAACAAGCUUUUCCCAGUCGUCUCUUUAAUUGCACUGAUGAUGUUCGUGAUUUUCAACAUUUGAUCAAAGUCUGGUGAAAGAGAGCUAAAAAUUUUUCGAACUCGAUUUGUAUAUAAAAUCACAAGUAUUGAAAAAUUUCGUGGGAUGACUUAGUAUAUAUUUCCUACAAACAUAGAUUAUUUUCUAUCCAUAAUCAUAUUUUGAGUAAAAUUUUAAGCAUAUGUAAAUUUAAUGAAACUAAAUUUGGAACAAAAGGUC